GCAUAUGAAUAUAGUAAAAAUAAACAGAGGAAGAUACCUCUUGUAAACUAAAGGUAUCAGGGGGGGGGUCGGACAAAUGAGCUAUUCAAAAUCCCAAACAGGGUGCUUCGCUUCGCUCAGCAACUAAGGGAGUCCUGUUUCAAUAAUGAACUGGACUAAAAUGUGAAUUAUUGCCCCCAAGAACUGAUUAUGUGUAAGUAAUGACCAUGUAAGGGCACAUUACCAAGUUACCAUGCCACCCUUUCAUCAUUUUUAAAUAAUUUUUUUUGUACUGCUUAUUUACUAGGUCACUACUUUCCUGUGACAGUGAGUAUAAUCCCAUCCUAAAUUUUUGUAGCUGUUUCUACUUCCUGACUUUUUUCACAAACUAUCUGUUUUUUAAACAAUUGUCUAGAUUUACAUGAAAAAAUGUAGAACUAAUAUAUAUCCCUUCUUAUAAGAUUGCUCUUUUAAUAGAGAUGCACUUUGAGCCAAAGAACGCACAGGUCUGCUUUCAAAGGAAACCAUUUUUUACCCCCCAAUAAAAGUAUAUCAGUCUGUGUUGUGCUGGUGCAAGUCAUGCAACUGUCCUUACACUAUAUUAGUGUUGCUUUUGCCAUGAAUAAGAGCCAUGAUUAUCAAAAACACUGUGUGUAAAUGUAGAAUGCUUUAUUAAUGUUAAGCUCCACAUGAGUUGCCCAAUUAAAUUGAUUUACAGGGUGAAAGUUUUUAUUUGUGAUGAAAAAAAUGCCAUGACUAUAUACCAUGCUGUUGUAUUUUAUAGUCUAUGUAUACCUACAGCCAGUCAGCUCACACUAGGCUCGUAUACCUUCAAGGUACCCUUUGGAAAAUGUAUUGAAUAUAUAUUCGACAAUAAGUCGUACAGUAUUGUGUAUUUGGCAUGUAUCUUUUUAGUAAUGUAUUUGUACCUUGAUAUUAAAAUGUGGUAGCUCAGAAGAGGAUAAAUAAAUUUAUAGUUGCUUUUACCGUCAUUCGACCCCGAGGAUUCUUUCGCCCUGCCUGUCUGUUAUAAGGCGCUGAACAGCGUCGAGUUGCAGUCAUAUCCCACAGCUGCAGUUGAAGGUACUUCCCCUCCCCUCCCCUUCCCCCAGCCUGCUCUCAGCUGACGGGGUGUUCUUGAUUUCCCCCACGCCCCUCCCCGCCCCGCCGCCACGCACCGGCUUGACUUGCGGCCGGUUAUUUCUGUCUAGCUUUGGCCGCACGCCGCCUGCACAGUCCAUCCUAUCUAACUCGGCGCCCUGGCAGUUUUGGCUAGUCGAGGAUGGGGUUCGGUGCUUACCUGGCCGCGACUGCUCAUGCCGGUGUUGGUGCCGGCUGCCGGGCUGCUGUGCACAUGGGUGCCAGUCGGGCACCGAGGCCCCUGGGGACGUGGGCCGUGCACGCUCGCGAUGACCACCACCGUGGCCACCAUGGCCUCCACCGUGGCUCCGGCCGUGGUGGACUUCGCGGUGAGCGACUGGUCGGACCUGGACCCGCACUUUACGCAGAUGUGCAGCGACGCGACGCUGCAGUCCGACCGCCGCGGCUUCUUCCUGGACCUGGUGGAGGCGGUGACGGAUGGCGCCGGGAUCGCGUUCGUGGAGGAGUUUGCCAAGCUCAAGGACGACCGGCAACGGCUGGAGACGUGCUACUCGCACCCGAAGGUGCGCGACGCGGUGCGCGGCAUGCUCGCCAACGUGCAGCCCGUGUUCCGGUCCAAGGCGGCCGACGUGGCGUCGCAGCGCCGCCUGGAGGGUGAGCGCAUCCUGAGGGGCGGCAACUCGCGCGGCGCCCUGACCACCCUCAGCCAGGCCGUCAUGCGCGCCCCGGCCCCCGCCCCCGCCCCCGCCGGCACCGAGCCGCUACUCGCCCUGGCGCUGUGGGCGCGCUCCGAGGCCCUGCUGCAGCUGCGCCACUUCCAGCAGAGCCUGGACGACGUGCAGCACAGCCUCCGCAGCGGGCUGCCGGAGAGCAGGCGGCUGGAGGCGUUCUACCGCAUGGGGCUGUGCCAGCACGGCCUGGGUGACACCAAGAAGGCCGGCGCCUCGCUGCAGGUGGCGGGCCGCCUGCUGGAGAAGGUGGCGGACAAGACUGAGAGGACGGCCUGGACCGCGACCAUCCAGCAAGCCAUGGGCGCCCUCAGGGUGCCCAGGCCCUCCGACGACAAGGCCCGGAAGUCGGCUGGAGGCGACGCGGCCGCUCCACCACCACUGGCUGGCGGGCAGCACCACGACCUGCCGGCGGCGUCCAGCUUGCUGAGGGUGUCUAGGACCAAGACGGCCGGGCGGCAGAUGGAGGCCGCGAAGCCCAUCCGGACGGGAGACACGCUAGUCGUCGAGUCCCCCGAGGCCGCCUGCCUGCUGCCGGACAAGUUCGGCACCCACUGCCUGCACUGCUUCGGCAGGCUGCUGGCGCCCGUGGCCUGCGAGACCUGCAGCGGCGUGGCCUUCUGCGGGCACGCGUGCCUGCAGGCCGCGAAGGCCUACCACGGCUACGAGUGCCGCCACCUGGGCCUGCUGCUGGGCUCCGGCAUGAGCGUCCUGUGCCACCUCGCCCUGCGCGCCGUCACCCAGCGCGGCCUGGCCUUCUUCCGCGGGCUGCGGGAACACCUCGCCGGCCACGCCACCAAGCCCAAGAAGCAGGCCGACCUCUCGGCGGAGCAGCAGAAGUACCUCAAGAUGUACUACAUGGAGGCGCACGCGCAGAGGAGAUCCGGGAAGGACUUCUUACAGCGCAGCGUGAUGGCCUUGUUCUUGCUGAGGAUCCUGCAGGAGAGCGGCUUCUUUCCGAAGGUCUCCGACCUGGACGGUGACCUGAACGAGGACGAACUGCUAGUCGGCGCUGUGCUGCUGAGGCACCUGCAGAUUCUUCAGUUCAACGCGCACGAGGUGUACGAGACCGUCAUCAUGCCCAGGAAGGAGAAGGACCUGGCCGCCGGCCAGUGCAGCAAGUUCCGCUCCGCCAAGAUCAUGUACAUCGGCGUGGCCGUGUACCCCACGGUGGCGUUGUUCAAUCACGACUGCUACCCCGCAGUCACCAGGUACUUCCGCGGCAGGGACAUCGUGGUGACGGCGGUGCGUCCGCUGGCCGCGGGCGACGUGGUGGCCGAGAACUACGGCCCCAUCUUCACGAAGCGCAGCCUGGCGCAGCGGCAGCGCACGCUCAACUCGCGCUACUGGUUCCGCUGCGGCUGCAACGCCUGCGCCGAGGACUGGCCGCUCAUGGAGCACCUCCUGGAGGACGACUUCCGGUUCCGCUGCCCCGCCGAGGGCUGCCCGCAGACCAUGAGGGCGCCGCGCGCGCAGGACGCGGUGGCGGGCGGCGCGUGCCCGCGCUGCGGCGUGGACGUGGACCUGGCCGGCGUGCGGCCGCGCCUCGAGGCCUGUCGGGGGGCGUUCGACGCCGCCCUGGAGGCCAUGGAGCGCGACGAGCCCCGCGCCGCCCUGCCCUGGCUGUGCCGCUUCCUGGACGACAUGCACGCCCUCACCAAGCCGCCCGUGCGCACCGUCAGCCUCGCGCAGGAGGCGCUGCGGACGUGCCUCGCCGACGGCGGCAACGUCUGGACCGUGCCGUAGCCGCAACACACUCUCUUUACCAACAAAAAAAAUAAAAAGUCAAUAAUUUUUGUA